GGCUACCUGGGCGGCUCCAGCGGCUCUCUGGCGCAGGAACAUGUUACGAAUAUCUCUAAGAAGGGUCUUAGUUGGCCUUUCUAAAUCUCCUAAAGAAUGUGUUCGAACAAGUGCCACAGAAGCAAGCAACUUGAUCGAAGUAUUUGUUGAUGGUCAGUCUGUCAUGGUGGAGCCUGGCACUACUGUACUCCAAGCUUGUGAGAGUGGCAUGCAGAUACCUCGAUUCUGCUACCAUGAGAGAUUGUCUGUUGCCGGAAACUGCAGGAUGUGCCUGGUUGAAAUUGAAAAAGCUCCGAAGGUAUUGACAGCUUGUGCCAUGCCAGUGAUGAAGGAUGGAACAUUCUGACCAACUCAGGAGAAGUCUAAGAAAGCCAGAGAAGGUGUGAUGGAGUUUUUAUUAGCAAACCACCCACUGGACUGUCCUAUUUGUGACCAGGGAGGUGAAUGUGAUCUGCAGGACCAGUCCAUGAUGUUCGGCAGUGACAGGAGCCGAUUGGAGGGAAAACGAGCUGUGGAAGAAAGAACACUCGGCCCAUUGGUCAAGACCAUCAUGACCAGAUGCAUACAGUGUACGCGCUGCAUUCGGUUUGCAAGUGAAAUCGCAGGAGUGGAUGACUUGGGCACGACAGGCAGAGGGAAUGACAUGCAGGUCGGCACAUAUGUUGAGAAGAUGUUCAUGUCCGAGCUCUCGGGGAACAUCAUUGACAUCUGCCCUGUUGGUGCCCUGACCUCUAAGCCUUAUGCGUUUACUGCCCGGCCAUGGGAGACCAGAAAGACAGAAUCUAUUGAUGUCAUGGACGCGGUUGGGAGUAAUAUCGUGGUGAGCACCAGAACAGGCGAGGUGAUGAGGAUUCCUCGGAUGCAUGAGGCCAUCAACGAAGAGUGGAUCUCUGAUAAAACCAGGUUUUCCUAUGAUGGGCUGAAACGCCAGAGACUCACGGAGCCGAUGGUCAGAAACGAAAAGGGGCUUUUAACCUACACCUCCUGGGAGGAUGCGCUCUCUCGUGUGGCAGGAAUGCUCCAGAAUUUUCAAGGCAAAGAUGUGGCAGCUAUUGCCGGUGGCUUGGUGGAUGCAGAGGCGUUGGUAGCUCUUAAAGAUUUACUGAAUAAAGUGGACUCGGACUCCCUAUGCACGGAAGAGGUCUUCCCUACGGCAGGAGCAGGCACAGAUUUACGUUCCAAUUAUCUUCUUAACACGACAAUUGCUGGUGUGGAAGAGGCUGAUCUUGUCCUCUUGGUGGGUACAAAUCCACGCUUCGAGGCACCGCUAUUUAAUGCUAGAAUUCGAAAGAGCUGGCUGCACAAUGACCUGCAAGUGGCCCUCAUAGGCAGCCCAGUGGAUCUCACUUACAGAUACGACCACCUGGGGGACUCCCCCACGGUUCUUCCAGGGACAUUGCAUCUGGCAUGCCAUCCCUUCAGUUCAAGGGAUGCUAAAAAGCCGAUGGUGAUUCUGGGUAGUUCUGCUCUCCAGAGAAGUGAUGGGCAGGCAAUUCUGGCGGCUGUGUCCAGCCUUGCCAGAAGCUCGAUAAGCAGUGGAGUAGCUGGUGACUGGGAAGGUUAUGAAUAUACUCCACAGGUUGCAAGCCAAGUAGCUGCUUUGGACCUUGGCUACAAACCUGGGUGUGAGGCGAUCCGGCAGAACCCUCCCCAAGUGCUAUUUCUGCUGGGAGCAGAUGGGGGUUGCAUUACUCGGCAGGAUUUGCCCAAGGAUAUGUGUUUCAUUAUUUACCAAGGACAUCAUGGUGGUGGAGCUCCCAUCGCGGACGUUAUCCUUCCUGGAGCUGCUUCCACUGAGAAAUCGGCUACAUACGUCAAUACCGAAGGCCGAGCCAGAAAAACCCAAGUGGCCGUGACACCUCCGGGCCUGGCAAGGGAAGUGAAAAUUCUAAGAGCCCUCUCUGAGAUUGCAGGUCUAACUCUUCCGUAUGAUACUCUGGAUCAAGUCAGAAACAGAUUGGAAGAAGUUUCUCCUAAUCUUGUGCGAUACGAUGAUGUCGAAGGAGCUAAUUAUUUCCAGCAAGCAAAUGAGCUCUCCAAGCUUGUGAACCAGCAACUUCUUGCUGAUCCCCUUGUCCCACCUCAGUUAACAAUAAAAGACUUCUACAUGACAGAUUCCAUUAGCAGAGCCUCACAGACAAUGGCCAAGUGUGUCAAAGCUGUUACCGAGGGUGCCCAGGCUGUAGAAGAGCCAUCCAUAUGUUGAAACGUCUAUUCGGGACCCAGUUUUGCUACAUAUAAUUAAUGGACAAUUAUGUAAAGUGAUCACUCAGAGGUUUAUCUCCUAAAAAAUAAUCUCAGUGAUGUAAUAUUUAAAGUUCUACCAUGCUUAUUUGAAAAUAUUGCAGUUAUCAAAGAACUUGGAGAUUUCAAGCACGUGUAUUGUGUGAGCAUUGUUAGGUGUUUUAAUAAAUAUGCAUACUGAUGCUC